UGUUUGGGAUCCUUCCCCAGACUCGACAAUAAUGUCUAUAUAUAUGUAGAGUUUUAACUUCAUAAUUACUCACCAUAAGGUGCAAUCACCCGUUUAUCAUCUUCACUGAAAAUGGGUGAAUAUAAGCCAUAUUUGGCAAUGGUUCUGAUACAACUGAUAUAUUCCGGGAUGAUAUUGUUAUCCAAGGCAGUAUUCAAUGAAGGCAUGAAUAGCAGUGUGUUCAUCUUUUAUAGGCAACUGGUUGGAACUAUUAUUUUGGUCCCUUUAGCCUUCAUAUUUGAACGAAAAAGUGCAGUGCCACUCUCUUUUGCGAUCUCCUGCAAGAUCUUCUUACUUUCAUUUUUUGGGGUUGCUCUGUGUCUGAAUGUGUAUGCCAUUGCACUUGUUUACACAUCUGCCACAUUGGGUGCUGCAGUUGUUAGCAGCCUCCCUGUUUUCACUUUCUUCUUUGCUGUGCUCCUCAGGAUGGAGAAGGUGAAGGUAAGGACAAAACUAGGAGUUAUAAAGAUAGCAGGUCUUGUAGUGUGCUUGUGUGGGGUAGCUACCCUUGCUUUGUACAAGGGACCCCAGGUAUGGCCCUUCCACACCGUUCUGUCUGCAGAUCACAGCACUCAACAUCCUCAUCAUGAUCAUUCAUCCUCUCCCAAAAGAUGGUAUUUGGGUUCUUUACUCUUGUUCUGUGCCAUCAUCACCUGGAGCAUUUGGCUUGUUCUUCAGGCUCGAUUCCUCAUAAGCUACCCUUCAAAACUAAAAUUCACAAGCCUACAGUGCCUACUGAGUGCAGUCCAGUCAUUUGGUAUUGCUAUAGCUUCGGAAAGAGACAUGAAGGAGUGGAAGCUAGGUUGGAACAUGAGACUACUUGCUGUUCUUUACUGUGGAACAAUGGUGACCGGGAUUACUUACUAUUUACAAGCCUGGGCAAUUGAGAAGAAAGGGCCACUUUUCCCUGCACUGUGGAACCCACUCAAUUUUAUGAUUACAAUUAUUGGUUCCAUGUUUCUGCUGAAUGAGUCGAUCAAUUUAGGAAGCUUUCUUGGUGGGAUUCUGUUGCUUCUGAGUCUGUACAGUGUUCUGUGGGCAAAGAACAAAGAAGGGAUAAGUGAUGACUUUUGUUUACCAAUUCAAGCACAGGUAGAAUGCGAAAAUCAAGGUGAAAGAAGCAUUGGCAAUCCUUAAUACCUUUGGAGGGAGUUUGGAAUUAGCUAUCUGUCUGCAACUGUAAUAGCCAACCGGGGGAAGUUUUAGUAUCUUUGGAUCGGGUUACGUUUGGGGUCCAUUACGAAAGAUGGGUCCCUCUCUCUUGUACAUCCUGGAGGCUUCAAAUUCAGAUCCAUCACAUAAUUUUCUUGAUUUGCACAUGGAAAUAUAAAAAGGUAAACUUGAAGACAAAAUCUCGUCUCUGCUAGAUGAGGUAUUGUCUCUGCUUUUAUGAAAAGGAUAAGCAGAGGAGGGUGGGUGAACUUUGCAUUAAAUAAUCAGGUUAUGGUUAGUGGGCAUUGUCGAUUGAGAAUGCCUUAAUGGAAUUUCUUGCUUUCUAAUCACGCGCUUUGUCGUUGCUCAAGAUAAGAGAGUUUUGCAAUACGAUGUCAACACGUGACUGGCCAUCCCACUUCAUUAAAUCAUUAUUGCAGCUUCCCUGUUACUUUUUUCUUUCAUCCUUGGUUAAUGUUGAUAUAGACAGCUUCAUCGAAGUAUGAGAACUCGUGAUACUGCAACAGUGAACAAUUUUUAUAAACCAAUAGUUUGAGAGGCACUUCCGUAGAAGAAUUAAAACAAGAAAGAUUUUAAGGGGGUGUUUUCUUCCUAAUGUGGACACAUGAUCCGUCAUGUGCUCAGAGUGCCAUUUUUGUGUCAUUGUGAUAUUCUUUUCGAGAACACAAAUUCCUUAAAUGUGUUAAGGAUUCCCCGUUCUGGUUUUCAACGUCAUUUGACUAGGAAAUAGUUAUGGAUAUAACCCAGCUAUAUCAUUAUUAUGAUAGGAUGCAAUGAACUGAAACCUUUUGACGAAUAUUUUCAAGUUUGAAAAAGUGCCCUCCCCAGGCAGGAACACAAUUAAAUUUCCUCUAGGGGUCAAAACACACUAUUUCAAUGCAUGUAGAUGGAACAAAAUAGCGAUAUGCAUGCUUUAAUUACGAGCAGUAGGGGAAAUAAAAUGAACUUCCAAGUUCGCGGAAAGAGACAUGGUCCAGGGCAGCGAUUCGUUUGACGGUAAUUCUGCUUCAAAACGUCUCCCAUUGGAUUGAAGGAUUGGGAAAUCAAUAAUCUUGAGGCUAAUCUGCAUGGAAAGCAACUGGGCAUUGCCUUUUUGACACAGCCAUCUCUUCUCUUUGGGUUUGCUUUCAAGGGCGAAGGCCAUAUCGUAAUCAUGAGAAAAUGACUAAAGCACUCCAAAUUAGACUGGGCAGAAAGCAAGAAAAGAAGACAAUGAUCAUAACAUUAUUUUCACAAACAGUGGCGAAGGGAGGGGGCCAAUAGGAGUCGCGGCCUUUUCAAUUUUUUUUAUUUUUUUUAUAUUAUAUAAAUAUUACAUAC